AUGGGAAGAAGACCGGCGAGGUGUUACCGUCAGAUAAAGAACAAACCGUAUCCGAAAUCGCGAUUCUGCCGCGGCAUUCCCGAUCCAAAGAUCCGAAUCUACGACGCGGGAAUGAAGAAAAAAGGCGUAGACGAGUUUCCUUUCUGCGUUCAUCUAGUAUCAUGGGAGAAAGAAAAUGUCUCUAGUGAAGCAUUAGAGGCAGCGAGAAUUGCCUGUAAUAAGUACAUGUCGAAAUUUGCUGGAAAAGACGCGUUUCAUUUGCGUGUGAGGGUUCAUCCUUUUCAUGUGUUGAGGAUCAAUAAGAUGCUGUCAUGCGCUGGGGCGGAUAGGUUGCAGACGGGGAUGAGAGGCGCGUUUGGGAAGCCGUUGGGGACGUGUGCUAGGGUGAGUAUUGGGCAGGUGCUGUUGUCUGUUAGGUGUAAGAGUGGGAAUGGGCAGCAUGCUCAAGAGGCGCUUCGUCGGGCUAAGUUUAAGUUCCCCGGUCGUCAGAAAAUUAUUGUUAGUAGAAAGUGGGGUUUUACUAAAUUGGAUCAAGAGGAGUACUUGAAGUUGAAAUCUGAGAACAGAAUUGUGCCGGAUGGUGUAAACGCUAAGGUUCUUGGGUGCCAUGGACCAUUGGCCAAUCGUCAGCCAGGAAGAGCUUUCUUGCCAAUGUCUGCUUAG